GGGAGGGGCGUGGCCUCACUGUGCUGUCACUGCGCUUGCGCAAGAGGCGCGCACACCGGAAGCGGCGGCUUGCGGAGGAGGAGCUGCAGCAGGCGGAGAAAGAGGAGGAGGAGAGGAGAAGAAGGAGGAGGUGGUGGGGAGAUAUAGUUUUGGGGAUAUAGUAGUAGUGAGGCCUCCUGUCCUCACUGCUUUUGGUACGUCUCAGCCCCGCCAUGAGUUGCCGGGGGGCGCUGCCAAGCGAGCGGGGAGCACGACAGAGGAAGAGGAGACGAAAUGGCAUAGAGGAGGAUAGCCACAUACCACAAACAAAACGCAGUAGCCGAAAUGCCAUUUUCCAGGACUCUUGGGAUACAGAGUCCUCCAGCAGUGAGAGUGGAAGUACCAGUAGUUGCAGCAGCAGCAGCAGCAUAAGUAGCCCUGACAGAGCUAGUGGGCCAGAAACCAGCCUACACCAGAUGAUGCCAGGAUCAAGUCCUGUGACACCGCCUCAGUCUUUCCAUGAGCAGUCUGCACUAUGCCAAGGUCCUUACUUCCACAUCAACCAGAUCCUGAAGGAAGCACACUUCCACAGCUUACAGAGCAGGGGCCGUCCUCCAACAUGAUGAGCCUAGCAGUUCCCUGCCUUCUGUGAAGGGGGACAGCACUGUGUGAUGGCAUAUUUCAACUUAAAAGUUUGUUAAAAUUGCACAAAAUGCCUGUUGCCUUUUCAGUUCUGUAUUUGGAAUAACAGGUUAACAGGCAAUUGUUUACUUGUGGUUUGCUGCACUAUUGCAAUGCAAAAGGGGCUUUGGAGCAAUUUUUAUAGGAUUCUGUUUGGGGAGAGUGGAUAUCUUUGACAUGUCAUCAUGGAUCUGAGAGUCCACUUCUGUAUUAUAGGAGUGCAUUAUAAGUCCAGUCUGACUUCUUAAUCUGUUCGUUAGUAACCGAUACUUUAUGUAAAAUCCUUUCAAACAUUUAUGUUCAGUUUUAUAAGUCUUUUUUAAUUUCAAUAAAUAGUGAAUAUGUU